AUGAACAAUCUCAAGCCACAAAGCCAAGAUUCUUCGAAAAGAAGGUUUCAUCAAGACAACACAGCCACGCAUCAACCUCGUGACACCACGACAAGAGCAACAUCCCUCAUGCCAAAAUCUCUUUCAAAAAACCCUAAUAUUAGCUCAAGCUCUGGAGCCGCCGGGAGAUUCCCAGGGUUAGGACUAAACGUCGAAGACGAUCUAGUUUCAUAUUUGAUUCCUCCAGUUACCGUUGUUCUCGAGGGACGUUCGAUCUGCCAACGCAUUAGCCUUGAUAAGCAUGAGAGUUAUCAAACCUUGGCAUUGGCUCUGAGGCAAAUGUUUCUCGAUGGGGCUGAUUCGACUUCUGAAACGAACGAUCUUAAUCUGUCCAACGCCAUUCCUGGCCAUAUUAUUGCUUAUGAAGACAUGGAGAACGAUCUUCUUCUCGCUGGUGAUCUUAGUUGGAAGUAA